AUGUCGAAUACGAGCUCCGACCGAGAUCAUUCCUAUGUGUGUGCUGGAUGCGAUCGUCCCGAAACGGCUGAUGAUAUUGUUCAGUGUGAUACCUGUUCUUCUUGGUGGCAUUUCUCCUGUGCCAAUGUCGAUGCAUCUGUAGCUGAUCGAUCUAAUUGGAUAUGCAUAAAAUGCUUACCACCACCACCGCCAUCUCGAUCUGCAUCUGUACGAACGACGUCAUCGAACCGGAGAGCUCUUCUGGAGAUCAGCUUACGGCGGCUAGCUGAAGAGAAAGAGCUGCGCAAAAAAGAGCUUGAGAUCAACAUGGAAAGAGAAUUCAUGAAGGCCAAGUACAAUCUGCUGGAGCAGUGUGCGCUAGACGAGGAAAUCGAGACUCGUAGCGUCCGCAGUAGAGUCGAGCAGAUCGAAGCUCGAGAUCGAGAGAAGGACGUUCACGAAUGGGUGGGCCAAGUAGCAGCGUCGCUCCAGGAGAGCAGAUCGCUCACUGCCCCGAAAACCCCUUCUAUCCCCGUCAACCUCAACAUCAAUGUGUGCUCUGGCGAUCGAAUGCAGAACGAAGAAGAAGGUGCAGUAGGCACAACAAUAACAAAUGUUGUCGGUAGUCGUUCCAUGCCAAAACUCUUAACAGAGGGAACAUCGAACGAAGUAAACGAGGGUAAAGAUCUACCGAAGCGCAAAGUGGUAAUUAGGCGAAGUCAAAGAACAGACGAAGCAGACGCGGAGAAAGUAGCUGCGAAAAACUAUCAACUGUUGGAGUCGCAGCUUAGGAAGUGCCAGGAAGAUUCGAAGCUAGAUCGCCAGGCUCUGCAAGAUUUGCAAAAUCAGCUUCGGGAGUGCCAACUAAAACUGCAACAGCGCAGAGUGGAACCUCCAGCACGAGAUGCUCAAACUCUUUGGCCGUUGCGUGAUCUAUCGAAAGGUGCGAUCCGUCGCACUGACCCAUCUGUGCCAGUUGAUACUCCAUCGCCCCAGUUGCGUAGAAAUCAGGCUAGAGUUCCCGAGAAUAUAGUUCCGGUAGCCGAUGUUCAUCAGUUGAACUUGACGAACCCGUUUCAGCAGGAGGGCCAUGGUGUACGUGAGCAGUUGCGAAGCAAUUUCGCACGCUCAACUGAAAUCGGACUAGUCAGUACUCCACGGCAGGAACCGCUAGCUUGUGCCGAUCAAGCCCAGGAUUGUUUGUCUCUGGAAGUGUGUCGACCGUCACCAGAACAACUUGCUGCGAGACAGGUGAUGCCCAGAGAUUUGCCGGACUUCGACGGCGAUCCGGAAGAAUGGCCGCUGUUUAUUAGCAGCCUCCGUAACAGUACUUCUGCUUGUGGGUAUAGUAGAGCGGAAAAUCUGGCUCGGUUGCAGCGCUGCUUGAAGGGUGAUGCAUUGAAGUCGGUUCGAUACAAUUUGCUCGAUCCAGAUUCAGUUCCGGAAGUUAUACGCACUCUUCAAACUCUCUAUGGUCGCCCAGAAGUAAUUAUCGCCAGGUUGAUAAAAUCGGUUCAAGAUGCCCCAGCUCCGAAGUCAGAGCGGUUGGAAACUCUCAUGGAUUUCGGAAUGGCUGUGAGAAACUUAGUCAGCCACUUGAUUGCUGCAGAUCAGCGAGCUCACCUUUGUAAUCCCGUACUCUUACAAGAGCUGGUGGAAAAGCUUCCGGCCAGUGUAAAGAUGCAGUGGGCUCAACAUUUAGUCCAGUUUCCCGACGUGACGCUACAAACCUUCAGCUGUUUCAUGACAUCAGUUGUAGAAUCGGUGAGCAAAGUUGUGGUAUACACCGGCCAUAGAUCCGAAAAGUCGAAGCCGAGAGAGAAAGGAUACGUGCAUUCGCAUAUGGAAACCACCGCUUCUGAGCAGCCGAAUCAGUUCAAGAGUGAAUCUCCGAACCUCUGCUUGGUCUGCAGGAAAGGUAGUCAUCGUGUUGCGGAUUGCGACGUGUUCAAAGACAACAGCAUCGAUAGCCGAUGGAAAACCGUAUCAGCGUUAAGGUUGUGUCGCUGUUGCUUAGGACAGCAUGGACGAAGAACAUGCAGAAGUUCAGCUCGCUGUGAGAUUGACGGGUGCCAGUUUCGGCACCACCCACUAUUGCAUACAACGACGACUACGAACAUCAGCAUCCCUUCGACUUCGAUACCUACAGAAAGCCACACUUACCACCACUGUGGACAGUCGGUCCUGUUUCGCAUCGUUCCGGUGACCAUAUCCGGACCGGUGAGCUCGAUUGACACAUUCGCUUUUCUCGACGAGGGUUCCUCUGCAACACUGGUGGAGCAAAGUCUAGCAAAGCAAUUAGAUCUAGAAGGCCCAGUGAUCCCUCUUUGCUUGAAAUGGACCGCCGACAUGUUCCGCUCUGAAGAAAACUCGCAAAUAGUCUCGUUCGAAAUAUCCGAACGUGGAAGCCGAAAAAGAUACCGUUUGAAAAACGCUAGAACCGUGGAGCGACUCAAUCUGCCUUCACAAACGAUCCGUAUUGAAGAACUCCAACAACGCUAUCGGCAUUUAGCGGGAUUGCCGAUCCGCAGCUACGACAAAGCAGUUCCUCAAGUACUGAUCGGAUUACGAAACCUGUCUCUAGCCGUGCCACAGAAAAUUAAAGAAGGAAGCGGUGGGCCAAUAGCAGUAAAAACACGUGUUGGAUGGUGCGUUUACGGAAGCUUGGCAGAUCAUCACGAGACAAAACAGUUUAGCUACCAUAUUUGCGACUGCGAUGUAAGUGAGGGAUUAGAUAAACUAGUCCGUGACUAUUUUGAGGCUGAAGAUGUGGGACUUGGAUCGACCGAACCGUUGGAGUCUGAGGAUGUCCAACGAGCCAGACGUAUUCUCGAGCAAACCACUUACAGGGAUGGAAACCGAUUCAUCACAGGACUUUUGUGGAAACACAACCACAUUGAGCUUCCUGACAGUUUCUCAAUGGCUCUACAACGUUUAAAGUGUUUAGAGAGGCGUAUGACUCGUGAUCCUGUCCUGAAAGAAAACCUGAAAUCCCAACUCCAAGAAUAUCAGAACAAGGGCUACGCCCACCAGGCAACGGAAGCUGAAUUGUAUGAGGCAGAUCCCAGGCGUACAUGGUACCUCCCGCUGGGCGCUGUCGUCAAUCCAAAAAAGCCCACGAAGGUACGGCUGAUUUGGGAUGCAGCCGCAAAGGUGGAUGGAGUGUCGCUGAACACAUUUCUUCUCCCAGGGCCCGAUCUUCUCGUGUCAUUACCGUCAGUCCUAUUUCGAUAUCGUCAGUAUCCGGUGGCAGUCUGCGGUGAUAUCAAAGAGAUGUUUCACCAAAUUGGUGUCACCGCAGCUGACCGUCAUGCUCAGCGCUUCCUCUGGCGCGACACCGAAGCUGAAACUCCAAAAGUAUUUCUGAUGGACGUCUUGACUUUCGGAUCUACAAGUUCACCUUCGUCCGCACAAUUCGUUAAAAAUAUAAACGCAAAAGAGUACGAAUCGCAGUUUCCUAGGGCGGCGGAAGGUAUCACAAAAUGCCACUAUGUCGACGAUUAUCUCGACAGUUUCGAGUGCGAGGAAGAAGCGGCGUUAGUAGCAAAGCAAGUACGACAAGUGCAUUUGAAGGGCGGAUUUGAAAUCCGCAAUUGGUUAAGCAACAGUGCCACAGUUCUGGAUCAUCUAGGAGAAACAUCGAAGGUCACGAUGAAGAAUUUGACAGCAGCGGGUGACGGCCGAUCAGAAAGGGUUCUCGGCAUGCUUUGGAUUACGGAAACGGAUAUGCUACGUUUCUCUACCACGUUCCGGUCUGAAGUAGAUGAGCUGAUCAGUUCGAAAACCAGACCGACGAAAAGGCAGAUACUCAAGACAGUGAUGAGUCUGUUUGACCCCUUGGGACUUCUUGCGUCGUUCUUGGUGCACGGAAAAAUCAUUAUGCAAGAAGUAUGGCGAAGCGGAACAAAGUGGGAUGAAUGUGUGGAUGACCGAAUCGACCAGCACUGGCGAAAAUGGAUUGAGCUUUUUGAUAGAGUAGGAGACAUCCAGAUUCCUCGGUGCUACUUCCAAGCGGCUAGCGCUGAACGGUAUACAACCCUGCAAGCACACCUAUUCGUUGACGCCAGCGAAGCAGCGUACUCCGCUGUUGUAUACUUCAGGAUCGUGGAUACGCAAGGUAAUCCACAAUGCGCACUAGUAACGGCUAAGACUAAGGUCGCCCCGUUGAAAUAUGUAUCGAUUCCACGUUUGGAGCUGAUGGCUGCCGUUUUGGGAUCACGAUUGCUGGCGUUUGUAGGAGAAAAUCACUCGAUCCCGAUAAAGAAGCGUUUCUGCUGGACUGAUUCCAACACUGUCUUGGCCUGGGUCCGUUCGGAACAUCGUCGAUACAAACAAUUCGUGGCGUGUCGUGUAGGUGAAAUUCCAUCCUUGACUAACGAGAACGAGUGGAGGUGGGUCCCAAGCAGAUUCAACAUUGCCGACGAAGCUACGAAAUGGGGAAAAGGACCCUGCUUCGACAGCGGAAGCCGAUGGAUCCAAGGUCCGGAGUUUCUGGGCCUAUCGGAGGAACAGUGGCCGCGAAAUGUAACGCCGAUCAUCUCUACAGACGAAGAACUACGUCCAUGUCACUUGUACCAUGAAAUGGUUUCAUCUCUCGUCGAUUUUGAACGAUUUUCGAACUGGAAUAGAUUAUUGCGCACUGUGGCCUUUGUUUUCCAUCUCUUUACCGUACAAAAGGCUCGAAGGACAAAUAUCAAGAUUGGAAAGCAGCCAACACAUGAAGACAUCAGGGCAGCUGAAGUUCAAAUAUUGAAGAUCGUGCAGUGGACCGUCUACUCAGAUGAAAUGACCAUCUUGACGAAUAAUCAGCAUUUGUCAGCCGAGCAACAACGUCCGUUGGAUAGAACGAGUUCGCUCUACAAACUCUCACCAAUGCUGGACUCGAACGGGGUUCUGCGAAUCGACAGCCGCAUAGGAGCGGCACAGGUGGAUGCAUUUGAUCUAAAGUAUCCCGUAAUACUUCCCCGAAAACAUCAUGUGACCUACUUGAUCAUCGACUACUAUCAUAGGAAAUAUCAACACGGCAACGCGGAGACAGUCGUAAAUGAGCUCCGCCAAAAGUAUCACAUCCCUCGAAUUCGAGUUGCAGUGCGGACCAUUAGCAGGCUGUGUCAAUGGUGCAAGGUUUAUAAAGCACAACUAAUCAUUCCCAAAAUGGGUCCAUUGCCCGAAGCUCGUUUAUCUCCAGGAGUUCGACCAUUCAGUUUUAUCGGAAUUGACUAUUUUGGACCGAUUCUCGUUAAAGUAGGUCGAUCCAACGCGAAAAGGUGGAUCUGCCUUAUCACGUGCCUUACAAUCCGCGCAGUGCACGUUGAGGUCGCUUAUGACCUCUCUACUCAAUCAUGUAUUGCCUGCAUUCGAAGGUUCGUAUGUCGACGAGGAGCGCCCUUGGAGAUAUACUCCGAUAAUGGCCGGAACUUUGUUGGAGCUGAUGGUGUUCUGCGUGAUCAGAUAAAGCGGAUUGAAGAGGAGACUGCAACCACGUUCACCAAUACGCAGACCAAGUGGCAUUUCAUUCCCCCAUCUGCUCCUCACAUGGGAGGCUCAUGGGAGCGCCUCGUUCGCUCCAUCAAGGCAGCGAUGCUCAAUAUUCCUCAGGAACGUAAGCUGGACGAUGAAGCUUUGUGGACAUACGUAGUGGAAGCAGAGUCAAUAGUAAAUUCGCGGCCUUUAACCUAUCUUCCAUUAGAUACCCCGGAACAAGAAGCGCUCACGCCAAAUCAUUUUCUUUUGGGAAGCUCGAGUGGCGUGAAGCAACCCUCAGUGGACCUAGGAUCAACACAACUGAUUCGCAAUACUUGGGACGUUUUACAGGCGAAUUUAGAUCAUUUCUGGAGGCGCUGGAUACGGGAGUAUCUCCCAACGCUUACAAAGCGUACAAAAUGGUUCGAAGAUGGAAGAUCUGUUCAUUCUGGGGACUUGGUGGUUAUCAUCGAGGACAAAAGGCGUAACGGAUGGACACGUGGACGAAUUCUGGAGGUGAUAAGAGGUAGAGAUGGCAGAACUCGUCAAGCUACCGUACAAACAUCGAGCGGAGUACUUCGACGACCGGUUUCAAAAUUGGCACUUCUGGAUGUCGCUGGGAACUGUAAUGCUGAGGACGGCACUCAUCCUUACGGGGAGGGGAAUGUUGGCGACACAGCCCCACUUUUGGCAACCUUGCCAACAGAUAGUCAAAUGGAGUGA